AUGAUCCAAGUUACCCUGCGUACAGAGUCUCCUUCGAUCUUCCUAGAUAACUUAUCUAGGAAAGAUCGAAGCGACUCUGCUAGCAGGGUAAGACCAAGUUCAAGAACACCGCAUAACCCGAAACACAGGACAUUAUCACUUACUUUUUAAAACAAUGCCCCACCUAUUCAGUAAAAAAGAGUAAACCAACAUACAUUUACAGCAACUCUACCCCUAAAUGAUAAAAAAUGCAAAAUCUAAAACAACAAAUCAACCUUGUAUGAACUAAAAUAAUAAUUACCUUUUGGAAAAUAUUGAUCCUGCUAAUUUAAGUUUGAAAAUAUGUUCAUGUAAUUUGUAAUUGUAAGAAAAGCAAAAACGGUAGAGUUUGAAAAAAUAAAACCAGUUUCAAAAAAUGAAACUGAUUUGAAAAUUGAACCACAACGUCAACAUCAAUGUAGAAUUUCCCUGUUUGGAAACUUUUGUAAUUAAAACUGUUAAUUCCAAGUAACAUUAGAAUCUACCUCACUCACUGUCAGUCUGUAAUUAUGUUGACAUGAACAUUUUACUGGUUUAUCUUAAUAGCACAGAAUGCAGAAGGUUUGAUUUGGAGACCUGUGUAUGGGUCCUUGAACUCAAAUCUUAUCCCUGUGACAAUCGUAACAACCUAUGUCACUGACCUAAAUCUGCAAACUAAUCCCAGCCCACAGAAUGUAUUUAUGAUAUGAGAGUUGUCAAUUGUACUUUAUUUGCCACAAUUUUUGUGCUCUAGAAUUUGCCCAUUGAGAGGUUUUGGGUAGAAGUGAACAGCCAUGUAAACUACCCAAUUAAGCAUGCUGUAAAACAAAUGGAAGAAGAGGACAUAAUUGACAUGGAAUGUGAUGGAGUAAAGUUCUGUGUCUCUGGGGUCACACAGGAGGUUCCUUUAUAUGGGCUCCAGACGACAGUUCAGGCGUGGAACAACCAUGUAAUACCAGGUAGUUUUUUUAAUUAUGUUGGUUAUCCCUGA